AGAGAGAGAGAGAGAGAGAGGCACCGUUGAAAAGAAAGAUACAAAGAGCAGAGGCAGGAAGACUGGACGAACAGGAAGAGCAGUGUCAGGAGUGACUCGCGGUGACUUUUACCUUUGAAUUCCUCCCGUAAAAUUUUGCCCGCAGGUGUGGUUAAUCUGAUGCUGGGUGAAUGUUUCGCUUAGUCUCCUCUCUUCUACCAGAACGGGCUGUGCAGAGCCUCUCAGCUGCCUACUUCAAAGCCAACGCGUGGUACAGCGUGGGGUCUGACAAGUUCCACAGCACCCAGACCACUAUUGAACACAGCACCAUGAAGAUACAGGUCCUCCCCGCACUCUCGGAUAACUACAUGUACCUGCUGAUGGAUGAGCAGAGCAAGGAGGCAGCAAUAGUGGACCCAGUGGAGCCCAAGACUGUACUGGAGGCUGUGAAGGCUGCCGGAGUGUCCCUCACCACAGUGCUCACCACACACCACCACUGGGACCACGCUGGGGGCAACAAGGAGCUGGUCAGUACCUUUGGGCAGCCCCUGAAGGUGGUUGGAGGGGAUGACCGUAUAGAAGGCUUGACUCAAUUAGUGGGUCACGGCGACACACUCCAAAUCGGCUCUCUCAAAGUGGAGUGUCUCUUCACCCCGUGUCACACCAAGGGUCACAUCUGCUACUACGUGACCUCAGAUGACCCGGAACACAAGCCUGUGGUGUUUACUGGUGACACUCUGUUCAUCGGUGGGUGUGGCAAAUUCUUUGAGGGCGAUGGGCCACAGAUGUACCGAGCUCUCAUUGAGGUGCUGGGAGCCUUGCCGGACCAUACCUUUGUGUACUGUGGCCAUGAGUAUGCCAUCCAGAACCUCAAGUUUGGCCUGCAUGUUGAGCCAAACAACACAGCCAUUCAGGAGAAGAUUGCCUGGGUGAAGAAAAGACGUGAGGAAAAUUUGCCAUCCGUUCCCUCUAGCAUUGCGGAGGAGAAGCAGAUCAACCCUUUCAUGCGUGUGGGGGAGGCCAGCGUACAGGAACAUGUCAAGACCUCAGAUCCGGUGCAGACCAUGACCGCUGUGAGGGCUGAGAAGGACAACUGGAGGCCCCCUAAGUAGACCCUUUCAAACCGACACCGCUGCCGCCUGCCACACCAUUCCUCCUACACCAGGGAAUGAUUGUGUGGCCGAGAAGUGGAUGGUGAAUACUGUAGCACCAUUCAUCGGGACAGGAGGUCUAGGUGCCACAAAGGUAUACAUUCUUCCCAAACUAUCUAUAUAUAUAUAUAUAUAUAUAUAUAUAUAUAUAUAUAUAUAUAUAUAUAUAUAUAUAUAUAUAUAUAUAUAUAUAUAUAUAUAUAUAUAUGAAGAAGACACAGUUAAAAUCUAAUAUUUCUAUCCUGUGUUCCUUUUCUUUUCAAUACAAUAUCUUUACAUGUAUGUAUUUCAGUCCAACUUCAAUAAUAAUGAUUAGAGUUCUAUUUGUUUUAACUCAAGGGUUCUUGCUUUUAUAUUAAUUCUAGAACCUUAUAUUUCCAUCCUGUCUUCCUUUUAAUUUUACUGGGAUAUCUUCUAUAAGCUCUCUCUUCAUUAGUAAUAACUAUUGUUUUUUGGUUCAACUUGAAUAGCUUCUACAUUGAUAUUAACUCUAAAACUUUUUAUUUUUAUCAUAUAUCACUGAGAAGUCCACUGGUUUAUCUUUUUUCUAUCAGUUUCCUCUUUAGUGAUAAUGACUUGUUUUUGUUGUUUGAUUUAAGCUUCAACAUUUGUAUUCUUCAUAGUGACUCAACAUUGGCUACUGAUGUUAAUGGCUUAAGAGAAAAAUGGCUUCUAGGUAACCACUAAGGCUUUUUGAUAUCGUGUGUGAGUUUUGGCUUUGGGCAUGCAGCGUGUGGAGGUGUUGAGUUAAAGAGGCAGGAUGUGUACUGUGUCCUAUCUUGUGUUCUAAGAGGUGAGUAAGUCGGUGCUACGUUUUCUGUCACAGGUUGUAAAUUUUUAUGUGAUUGUUCAGUGACGUUCAACGUGAGUCGUAACCUUGGCAGUCGGUCUGGAUGCUUAGUAGAGGCAUGUUAUGCAGUGUUUGGUUGUAACUGUAGUGAACCUGGAGGCUGAGGUUGUAAGCUGGUGCUGGUGGUGGUGGUGUAACAUCCUAGUGGGUCUUGAUGAACGUAUUUCUGAUUAUUUUCUUUUCUUUAUCUCCUCCUCCUUCCCUCCUCUUCUUCCUUCUUUCUCGUACUUCUCUUCUUUUGCCUUCUUUCUAUAAUUCUUCUAUUUCUUCAGUACUUUAUCUUACUUUUUUUCUAUGGCGCUCUGGCUAAGGGCAUAAAACUUGACUCAAAAGCAUCCCACUGGAAAUUUGGUUGUAUAGAGAGACAAUCUGAAAUGAAGUCUGUAAUUGUAUCGUGAAGCGUCUUUAAGCCUCCCACUUGUCAUGUCUAGAGCAGUGGUUCCCAACCUUAUCCUGAGCAAGUACCACUUGAAGGUCCUGUACAGCCCCAGCAUACCACCUGAUUCCAGAAAAUUUCAGUUCCAGCAAAUAUCAAUUUAUUCACAGUAGAACACAUGAAUGAAGUAACAACAAGGGACAUAAGUCAUUUUUAAUGUGAGGGAUGUAUCUAUUUCUUUUCCACCAGUUGAUCCAUGCUAAAUUAUCUUAUGUAAGACAAUAGUUAUAUGAAUUGAUUUAAUUUGACUAAAAAUCCUGAAAGUGCUCAUCUACCACCUGGAAGGCCUUGGCAUACUAUGCCAAGGCCUUCCAGAGUUUGUCAGAGAAAAAUGAUUAAUUAGUCCCUGAGAGAUGUAGUCUGAAUCAAAUCUAAAUUUCCGUUGUGAAGUGUCUUGAAGUGUCCCUCUUGAAGGAGUCAUAAGUUAUGGACAGCAGGGAUCACACAAGUAGGCAGAGAGCUCCAGUCUUUACCAUUAGUUUACCGGUGAUAUGCAGCAGUUGUUAGGUCCUGGAGGCUGUAGUGCAGGUUGUUAAGUUGCUGUAGAGUCAGGCAUUAGGCAUAGGUUGUAAGUUAUGGUACAGGUUGUAAAUUAUGAAGCUCCUAAAAUUGUAGUGGAUUCAGGCUUCAGUUGCUGUCAUUCCCUUAGAAACUUGCAUUGAUAGAUAGACGCAAGGAUAAGCAAAGACCUGCAGAGUGAAUAGAUAGAUAACGGGAGAACAGAGAUACAGUGUAGAUCAAAAUACAACUAGAUGAAGUGCUGAAGAAAGAUCUCAGUGUUGUUGGAAAGAUAACAAUAAGAUCACUGCUGGAAGACAAUAUAGCAAUAUAGACCAAAACAGAUAGAGCACUGAAGGAGUGUGCAGUGCUGUAGAGUAAAAUAUAAGUAGAUGAAGUGCUGAAGAAAGGGCACAAUGUUUAAAAAGAUACACUAAGAUCACUGCAGGAAAACAAUAGCGCAGUUUAGACCAAGACAUAGAUAGAGCCCUGCAGGAGGAAUAUGCAUUGCUGUAGAGUAAAAUACAACUAGAUUGAGUGCUGAAAAAAGGUUUCACAGUGUUGUUUGGAAAAAUACACUAAGAUCACUGCAGGAAGACAUUGUAGGCUAAGACAUAGCUGGCUAGAGCACUGGAGGAAGGAUAUAAGCUAUCAGUUCAAGAUACAAACUCAGCAGGGUAUAAAACAAGUGUAAAUAUCUUGAAGUAUCCAAGCAUUUGUUCUCCUGUGUGGGACUUUGCUAUGCUACCUAAGUGUGGAAGGUUUAUUUGUCAUUAUUACUGGUUUUGUAGCAGUAAAGGUAUGCAAUCUUUUAUCUGAGAGAUGAGAGGAUUAAGUAAAGGCGUGGAAUUUAUUGUACUACUGGUGUGAUUAUAAAGUGUUUGGACAUUAUCGGUACUCAGUAUUUUAGAUGAAGUUGUUGAAUAUUUGUUUUUUUCAGGUAAAGGUAUGCAAUCUUGUCUCUGCAGGUGAUAUGAUUAGAUAAACACUUGAAAUCUAUUCUAAGGGGAUCUCAAAGUGUUGGAAUGUCAUGAUGCUUAGUUUGCAUAUUUUUAUAGAGAGUGUGCGAUUGCAAGAAUUUCAGAUAAGAUAUUAGAUUUUCUCCUUUUAUUUACCUUAUUUACUUAUUUUUUAUUACAAAGUUUGUAACUAAAAAAGAGUGUUGGAUCUCAAGAUUUUCAGAUAAAAGAUUGUAUUUUUUCAAUUAGUUUUUGUUUUCUAGCCAUACAAAAUGCAAACAUGUAGUACUUACCAUGAUGAACAUUUUGAUAUUUGUUGAUGCGUUCCAUAAAUGACAUGAAAACUGUAAACUUA